AUGGGUUUCUUCAAUUGGAUUAGAGUGGAAGCUACUGGAUAUGCUGGAGGUAUAUGGCUCAUGUGGAACGAAAAAGAUUGCACUGUUACUUACAUCUCAUCCAAUGAGCAAAUCCUACAUUGCCAAAUCAGAGACAAGCACUCCUCUAAAACUUUUUUCGGAUCCUUUGUCUAUGGAGAGACUAAUCGUCGCAAAAGACAAACUCUUUGGCAAUCAAUCAAAACCAUAGCCAAAGCUACAGAGGAAGCCCGGAUCUUACUGGGUGACUUCAAUGCUUAUAGGGCUCCAAGAGACAAGAGGGGAGGGGCCAAGCCACAUAUCACAUCCAUGUCAGAUUUCAACGAGUGCAUUACAGAUUCAGGUCUAUUGGAAUUGGAAGAUACUGGGAACAAGUUCACCUGGGAAAGAGGAGAGAUUCAAGAAAAGCUGGAUUGGGUCUUUGGGAACAUAGCCUGGGACAUAAAAUUUCCGACAUCCAGAAUCUACUAUGAUCUGAAGUACAAAUCUGAUCAUAAAGUAAUAGUGUUGUCCCUAUACAGUCAAGAGAAACAAACAACCUCCACCACAGCGGUUCCACUACCAAGCCGCCUAGGCUCCCGAGAAUGGUUUUAA